AUGAUUUGUGUUUAAUAAAACGCAACAUUGUUUCUAUUAUUGCAUACUUGCUAAGUAACAAAAUAACAUUAUUUUUCUUUGGUUGCCGUGGUUACAAACAACAACAGCUUCACGCGCACAUAAUAAAGGCGUCUUCUCUAGUUCUCUUAAACGGCGUCACGUGUUUCAUUAUGCAACAUAAUGUUCUUCUGCCACGACUUCUCUGCUAAUGUAUCGUUUCAUCGUCGACGUGAGGUUAAACUUUAACAGACUGAAAACGAUAGUUUUUUUCCAGAGGCAAAGACUAUUUUGCGACAAGUGCGUAUCAUUUUACGACAGUGGGUGUUGAGAGGGAGCGCCGCCUGCUGGAGGGAACAGCACAGGAAACAGGAAGCCUUAUUAGCAGCGCUGACCUGCUCUACAGCAGAAGCUGAACUAUCACUCACAUUCAGCUCAAGCGCUUCAAACACACAGAGUAAGAGUCUGGUGCUCAGAUUGAUCUGAUGGCGACUUUAUUUGGAGCUUUCAAGCGCUUUGUGAGCAGAAAUGUGAAGAUCAGGAGGAUGAAUGAGCGCAUUUGGACCGAUCGAAUCAGAACUUUGAACAGAAAAGCUUCGUUUCUCGUGGCUGUGACUCCUCUGUCAUUCCUGAUCUAUGAGAGAAUCACGCAUUUCGCUUCGGUUCGAGCACUGGACUCAGAAGUUUUAGAACAAGCAGAUUAUCUGUACAGCUGCGGAGAGACACAGAAACUCCACCAGCUCCUGGUGCACCACAAAGACAGUGAUGAUGCCGAGUUCCUGUGGCGACUGGCCCGGGCGUCCCGUGAUCUGGCUUUACUGUCCAGCGUCGGCGCCGACGAGAAGAAGCGACUCACGUACGAGGCCUUCGACUACGCCAAGAAAGCUCUGGAGAAAAAUGAGGCUUCCUUUGCAGCACACAAAUGGUUCGCAAUCUGCCUCAGUGAUGUUGGCGAUUAUGAAGGGAUCAAAGUGAAAAUAGGAAAUUCCUACAUCAUUAGAAACCAUUUAGAGCGAGCGAUUGAACUCAAUCCAAAAGAUGCAACAUCCAUCCAUAUUCUUGGUUACUGGUGUUUUGCAUUUGCUGAAUUACCGUGGUACCAGCGGAAAGUUGCAGCUGUUAUUUUUGCGUCGCCUCCAACAGCCACUUAUGAAGAGGCUUUGGCAUUUUUCCUGAAAGCUGAAGAAGUUGACCCAAAUUUCUACAGCAAGAACCUGCUGAUGCUGGGAAAGACGUACACGAUGCUGAGCGACGUCAAGCGGGCGACGCUGUGGCUCACUAAAGCGCGGGAUUAUCCUGCAGUCACAGAAGAAGACAAGCAGGUUCAUAAGGAAGCGCUGGAGCUGCUAAAGAAACUCGGCGGAUGACGACCGGCAGCUAAAUCAGUCCCGAGGUUAUCAACCGUAAACUAGAGAUGCCUUAAUUGUUCUUUGAAAUGACUUGCCGUUGAUUUGUGUACAAUUUUAGACACUUUUAGUAUCUGCCAUUAUCAGAAGAUGGACAAAAUCUCAGUGUAAUGCUGACUGUAAUUGACUAGUACUGGUGUGUUUCUAGCACUCCUGAAUGUUUGCUGGAGAUUCAGAAUCGACAGACCUUGACAUGACGAGUUCAUGGGUGCGACACGCUCGAUAGCAAACAGAGCUUGGACUGACUGCAGAUCAAAGAUCAUUGAGUCAAGUUUCAACAUGGGACUAAUCUGUUUAUUGAGUAAUAAGGAUUUUUAUCAAACUCUCAUUUAAACUAAUCAACACACACGUGCACCUGGAAACUCUGAAUACUUCAGUUUACCUCCAUUUUCUCAUGAAAUCAUCCUAGAAGGUAGUUACGAAAAAUUACAGAUGGAACUGAAAUGAUGGCGUUAGAGUGAAACUACGAAACAGGGUUUUUGUUCUUCUGAGCAAUUAAUUUUUUUUUUAAUAUGUCUAUAUUUUGAGCUCUUUGUGCAAAUGAAAUAAAGCAAAAACUGGAAUCUAUA